UUUUUGCCAAAUAUUGCAAGAUAUGGUUGCUCAGCUCAUACUAUACAACUUGUGAUUGGUAAAUCUUUAAUUCCUUGUCAAGUUUUUUUGGCAAGAUCUAAAAGUGCAAUUGGAGAUGUUCCAACUCAUUGGAACUCUUCUUAUCUGGCUUGGGAAAGGAUUUAUAAUUUGAAAGAUGCAAUUUAUACAGCUUUAAAUACUAUAUUAAGAAAUAUAAAAGAUUCUCAAUCAAAAAAAGAUUACAAUUGA